AUGGGAGGCAAGAUAGUCGAGGUAAUGGAUAAAAAUUGCAAGAAGAUUGAAAAGUUCUUGAAAAAGUAUCGAUCCUAUUCAUUCUACGAGGGAUAUAAUUUGAAGAUACUGAAAUUGUUGGAGUCAACUCAAAUCAGGAUGAUGGAAGCACAUGUUGGAUUACGAGAACUUUGUGAAUAUGAAUAUGAUUUGGGAGUAAUGCAAAUGAUGUUACAAGCAUCGCAGAGGGAGUUGCAAGAGUUUGAGAAUGCAUUGGUGUGA